ACACCAAUUUACUUGUUUGUUUCUUCUUGAAAUUUCUCUAUUAUUAUUAUUAGUAGAAAUAUGGAAAAUCAAUAUUAUGCACCACCACAUUCAGAUGCAUCUAGGCCGUCGUUAGGAUUUCCUUUGGGUACUGCUGUACUUUUGAUUGUCAUUUUUAGCUUGAGUGGCAUAUUUUCUUGCUGCUAUCACUGGGAAAAGCUCCGGUCGCUUCGUCGAUCGUUUGCUGAUCUCGAAUCCGGCCUCGAUCCUACUUCUAUGAAAUAUAAGCAAAACCAUAUGAAUUGGAAACAAAGCCAGAGUCCAAUUUUGCCAGCAGUUUUAAUGCCAGGGGAUGAAUUUCCAAAAUUCAUAGCAAUGCCAUGUCCAUGUCAGUUUCCGACACCGGAAAAAGUCGUUCAUGAGUUGCAGAAAUUGCCGCCACCGUUGCCUUCGCCGCCUAAGCCGCCGCGAACGGUGGCCGCAGUACCUUUCUAUUAAUAAUAAUAAUAAUACAAUUUUUAGGAGUUGGCCAAUGUGUAAAUUAGCGUAUAGAGUUGUAGUUUCAAUCGAAUUUCCAAGUCUUUUUUACUUGUGAAUACUAAUGAAAUCUCAACAAUUCCAUUUCUUGUUUUGAAGUUGGAUUAUUUCGGAUUCACGCUGAAAGUUUUCACGGUGAAAUAUUUCUAUCAGACAUUUUUAUAUUCAAGUUCAAACUCAAAAUAUUUGAAUAGAGAUAAAUGAAUACUUAUCAUUUUUUU